AGAGGAGGAUACGGAGGACGAGGACGCGAAGGAGGGGGAUACGGAGGAGGCGGAUACGAAGGAGGGGGAAGCGGAGGUGCAGGAUACGUAGAAGAAGGGUACGGAGAAGAAGGGUAUGAAGCAGGAGGGCGUAGAGGAGGAGAAUAUGGAGGAGGAGGAAGAUAUGGAGGAGGAGGAGAAUAUGGAGGAGGAAGAGGAGGAGGAGGAUAUGGAGGAGGAGGAGAAUAUGGAGGAGGAAGAGGAGGAGGAGGAUAUGGAGGAGUGGGAGGUGGCUCUUAUGGUACGGAAGGAAGUGGUCACGGCGUAGGGGGAGAGUAUGGAAGCACUGGUGGUGACUACGGAGGUGGCGCCGGGAUAGGAGCAGGGUAUGGCGGCACAGGCGCCGGGAUAGGAGCAGGGUAUGGCGGCACAGGCGCCGGGAUAGGAGCAGGGUAUGGCGGCACAGGCGCCGGCGGACACGGAGGAGGCAUCGGAGGUGGCUACCCUGCGAAUGGCGCGCAUGGGAGAGUCGGCGGAACGAUCAACAGUGGAUACGGUGGCGGCGGAGCUUCUAAGGGUUACGAGUACAACUACGGCUCUGGGUACGAUGACGCUGGCGGCUACUCUGGCGGCGGCAGCGGAGGAGGGCACAGCGCAACCAACAGCGCUCACGGAUCAGGCGUGUCCUCCGCCGGAAACUACGGAGGAACGGGAAGUGGCAGCUAUGGUGGUGGUAGCAGUGGAUCAGGGUAUGGCGGGGGUAGCGCGGCUGGGUAUGGUGGCAGUGAGGCAGGGUAUGGUGGGGGUAGCAGUGGGGCAGGGUAUGGUGGGGGUAGCAGUGGGGCAGGGUAUGGUGGGGGUAGCGCGGCUGGUGGAUACGGCGGUGCGGUGGGUGGCUACGGAGGUGGGGUGGGAGUAGGACCGGAGUACGGAGGAAGUCAGGAAAUAGGAGGAUAUGGUGCAGGAGGAGCUGGCCUCUCCGCUGGUGGCGCCGCAGGUUAUGGCAACACUUACGGUGGCGCCGGAUACUCAGGAGCGGUGGGACGUGGACAGGGCUAUGGCCGCACGGGUACUGCGUACGGCUCCGGAAGCGGACCUAUUCAGAACGGAAUAGGAGGAACGUACACUCGGCCUACUGGGUACGGAAGCAGCAAUACUGGCAGCAGCGUGGUCAAAGAGUUGAAGGUCACCUGUGACAAGGUCAGCAACACCAUGCAGGUCGAGUUCGAGUUCUACAAGGAGUUUGCGGGUCGUAUUUACCCGCGUGGUUACUACGCUAUUGAACAGUGCGUGGCUCACGGCACCGGCAGCAGCAACCUGUACGUCGGCAUACCGCUAGACGGGUGCGGAACCGUCGAACUAGACGACACCGGUUACCGAGGACGCGACUAUCUGGAAAGCAGCAAGAAUACGUUCCAGAACACGAUAAUAGUGAUGGUGGAAAACCGCUACAACGUCAUAGAGGAGUGGGACAGAGCCUACAUCAUCAGCUGCCAGUUUAAGGGCGAUGAGAACCACCCAACCUUAAACUAUGGCGUGCGAGUGCCAGAAAUUCCAACGGAAUACCACGGAACCCAGGAAAGUCCUGUACCAAAAGCCAUCCUGCGUGUGGUUAAAGGUCACGACCCAUGGGCUCCAGGCACUGACGGCUUAGUCGUAGGAGAACACGCCACGCUAAUCAUUUCCCACCUUGUCGACAAUCACUGGGACUUGAUCAUCACAAACUGCUACGCUCAUGACGGGGUCGGACUUAGCAAGAUUCAACUCGUGGACGAAUAUGGCUGCCCGGCUGAUCCGAAGUUCAUACAGAUACUGAAGAAGGAGGCGCAGGGCACGACAUCGAUCGUCUACGGCACUUUCAAGGCGUUCAAGUUCCCCGACCGGCCGAAUGUUUACUUCCAGUGUAGCAUUCAAGUCUGCGAAGAAACAUGCGGCGAUCAAUACUGUUUAUCAAGACAAAAGUCAGCACCCUACAGCGCUCAACGUCCAUCGUACAACACUAACAACCAACGAGGCUCUGGGUUCGGUGGUCCAACCGGAGGCAACUAUGGCCCGCCAGCUGGUGGUAGAAGUUUCACGUAUGACAUCAACACUGUCGGAAGAAAGAAGCGAUCCGUCGACGAUCCCAGUAAUAGUACAGAGAUUCUGGAAACGGACGAAUUUGUGGGAAUUCCUUUGAACUCUACAAGCUUCGUACCCACACAAACAAAUACAUCAGCUCCCGAGAAAAAACCGACCUUGAAGAUUCGUAUGAAUGACAUAUACAGGGGCGUAUUAAUCAAACUGCCAGGAGAGCCCGACUACAGUGAAGGCUAUACCAUGAAGAAACAGAGCAACAUGUGCAUCAGCAAGGCAGGCUUCCUCUGGGGCAUCACUGUCAUGGGUGCGAUGGUCACCAUGGCUGUAAUCGUCUCAGCCUUCCUCUUCAUCAGGAGUCGAGUGCGACCGGAGAAGAACUCGAACGAACACAUCUGCAUUGAGUCAGUACGACGACACUAGCAGUACAUAGAUCACCGUGAUUACCUACUCAUCUCACACGAUGGUCUAAACUAACGCAUUGCGAAAUGAUUCAAUGAAUGGGUGCGUGCGUGGCUUAGGAGGAAUUUUGUUAGAUUCUGGCCAAUCGCAAACUUCUAGACAAAGCUACUCGAAUAAUUAUCGUAACUGUUAUUCAUAUUUACUGAAAUUGAAAGGAUUCGAGAUAAAAAUUGAUAUCACGUUGAGCUCAGAAUUGUGAUAUCAUUGUAAAUACGUGCUAUGCAGCAGCUUUAAACAAACUCCUUUACAGCGGCACCGCGAUAAUAUAUGUAUAAUAUAUAUGCUAAUAUACAUAUACGAGUUUCGAAAUAAACUAGUCGCGUUUUUAUGGCACAAGUCUGUAUAGGCGCACUAGUACGGUCAGCUAUAACAUAACACAUAAUACAAUCGAUAUAAUCGAUAUCGGUUGAAUGGAUAUCUCAACUUCACUGUUAGACAGGGUGAACAGUAAGCUUCGCCAGGUAGCGUUGGCGUAACCUAACGGAGCGUGUUCCAUCCGAAUAGGUAGUAGAAUAAAAAGCCCACCGACUGCUGCAGCCGUUAACCUGGCAAACAUCGGCCCACUGCUACCAUAGUAUCCAAGAGAUGCGUAAUAUCAAGAGCUCAUAAUAGAGAGCUCUCUAUUAUGAGCUCUUGAUAAUAUCUAUACGUAAACGAGACUAAUGUCAAUCAAGGUGACGGACGCGAACUGCUAGUUCUGACGCAUGUGAAGAUGUAGCCGAUUUCAACCAAAUAUAUUAUUAUAAUGAAGGCCAAAAUAAGCAGAGAGCUGGGCCACGAUUACAACUCUUUCGCGCUCAUUCAUUCGCAAUGCGAACCAUUCCAUAUUAUAUUCUAUCAUAUGAUCAAGUUUUAAUCAUUGCAUCUGAUUGCAUGUAUUGUAGUGUGUAAAUAUUUGUUAGUGCGCAUCAUGAUCCGAAUAAAACUAGUUCCUUCGUGUUAUUACAACUGUAUGUUACAGAUAAUAUUUAACUCAUCCAGCACAAUUAACCGAGUUCAUACGCGUUUUCAGUUUAAAAAAAAUGUUAUUUAGCGGCGAUGAUCAAGUUAUGUCAAGAAAAGUAUUUUUACUUA